AUGGGUCGAACAAGCAAAUUCUCCUUUCCGAUUCCUGGCCGGAAACAUAAAGAGGUUACGCCGUUGCAUGCCCCAUCCGCGUCGGAGAGCAGUAAUCUGUCGAAGGCUCAGAGGAUCCUUGGGACCACCAAUAACCUCAAUAUCGACAUAUCACCAAUUCGAGAGGAAGGGCAGCAGCACCAGCAAUGGAAACACCCGGGCUCGAGAUCAAGUGGCAUGAGCAUAUCUAUAUCUGACUCGACACAUUCCUCCGAAAGUGUCCAUGAAUUGCAAAAUGAGCAAUGGGAGCAUGAGUCCGGUGUGUUACCCAAGAGUAUGAGUGAGAAAGCUUCUUCAACAUUGCUCGGACGGCGGUAUGGAGAGGAUGGCACGACUACUACAGCUUCGGUUAGAAGCCGGCGCUUGAGAAGCGAAGACUCGUCUUCUACACUCAAAUCGUUCUACGACAGACAGAAAAUACCGCUUGCCAUAUCUCAGCAGACGUCAGCUUCGUCGGCCCGUGAUCUGGCAUUGCGGAAGGGAUGUCCUCCCGUGGUCCAAAGGAGCCCGUUGCUACAAAUUGAGACGUCCCUUGACCCUUUUGAUGAACAUUUUGGGGCAAAAAAUGAGCACAAUGAUACCGGCCACCAAAUAAGUCUGUCGCCCGAGAGGAAGAAGAAACCUGGCCGGCUGGAUUUGACGAAACUAUUCCCGAAGUCCCGCAGGCAUGGCGAAAAGUCGGAUUCUGACUACAUGACACCUUCUCCAUCCUCGGCAUCCACAAAUGGGUCACACAACAGAGGAAGUCUAAUCCCGGAAUCAGCACGGCGCAAGCUCAAAAAAUCGCAGUCCAAGGAGUCUAUGCAGUCCCAGAAGUUUAGUAUCCGUUCAGAGCGAUCACAUGAGCAACGACAGACCAAUGGCACUCUUCUUCAACUGUACGAUCACUAUGAAAACUUGCCUGUUCGUUCUCCGCGGAUGGAUCGGAUACCCGAAUCCAGUGUCCCUGACCGGAUAACCUCUGGACGAGACAGCGCAUUAGCGAGAAUGGACAGUGAUCUCAACUCAGCGAAGCGGUCUCCAGAUCCGCUGUCAAGCUCGUCAGGAAAGGAACCAUUCUCUUGGAAGAAUGUCCGCUCUAGUAUGGCAGCUGCUAAUUUGACGCCUUCAAGUUUGACCCCACCUAACUCCAACUGGGAGUCUACUAGUGCUGCGAGUAUAUCCAGUCGAAAUACAAGAACAUCGAAAACCACUGCAGGCAGUUCGUUCUCGCACUCCGACUUGCAAGAAAAAAGCGUGCUGUCACUCUCGUCUGAUUCAGAGGAUGAUUCGGAGACCGACCCAGGAUCGACUAUUGGCCCACCAACUAAGGGCAAAAGUAGCGGAGGUAGUAGCGGAAGCUCUCCUCCUUCUACUUCUCAAGUACCCAAAUCAACUCAGCCAUCGGGAGGACUGACAGUGAGGAACUAUGGACAAAGACGCAGUACUACACAACACACACCUUACCUCACAGUGCCCGAAAGUUCCACUGGAACCUCGCGACUUUCAGGUCCUUGGACGCCUCCACCGCAGCUCGCAACACCCCCUUCAUCGAGUCACCAACGCCAUUCACAACUUCCAUCUCCGAGAGAAAAGAAAGACCGAUCAUUAUCCAUAAGGUCUGGUACCUCAUCCCGACAAGCGAAGGCACCCUCAAUCGCUUCUAUCCAAUCAUUACAGACCCCACAUACCCCGCCUCUAUCACCAAGUUCUAUGAUAUUCCGACAGACAUCAGAUCGCAGCAGUCGCUUCAUGGCUGUAACUGAGCAAGAAGAAGCUCUUCUCGAAGCACUCCGCCAAAAGAGGGCCCGUAUGCGAGAAGAGAUUAUCGAAGAGCAUGAGACAACGAUGAAAACCCCUCCACGAGAACUAGAGAGCCAGCCCUCUAGGUUGUCUUCCGUUACAGCACGUUCUUCUGCCAGCACCCUUCGCCCUACUAGAGGAGCAGACAAGAAGCAAACGAUCCUGCUCUACCUUGAUACACCUUUGGCGUCUUCACAGUCCAUCGAUACUGCUGAGCCAUCUCCAGAUCUCGAUGAUUUCCUGAAUUUCGGGUCUGAUGAGGAUCCGACUCCUAGGACGAGCUGGGCCCCAACACGUAAAGGCAGGCCUAGGCCGGAUUCCUUCGUUGCCCCUCUCCAAAGGCAAGACACUGUGUCCUCUCUAGCACCACCUUCGGCCGCAAGACUCAGCGCAGUAGGUUCAGCUCGAGGAUUCAAGCCUGAGAGGUCUUCUGGAGUUGGGGCUUCUAAGAAGAGAAAUACUGGAGUAAGAUUUGUUGAUGACAAUAGUGUCGCCAACAGCGACGACUUCCUAGCAGAUGAUGAGCCUAUGUUAUGGAACGUGUAA